ACGCAAAGACGCAAUUUUUCAUCUCGGAAGAUAUUCUGAUUGCAAAUAAGUCAAUGAUAUCAGGCUUCUUGUAUACAAGUGGCAGUUUGGUUCAAUAUAAUAGUAGACUUGCAGCAUGACGCUAUGAUGUAGCUCUAGUUGCGAUCAGUGUAACGUAAUGCUCUGACGUUGACAGAAAAGUGUUUUCCGAACAAGUCAAGACCAAGCCCUUUUCGUUUAGCAGCUUUCUGGUGUUUAAACUGGCUAGCUCAAUGGAGAGAUCAUUUCAUGUUAGCAUGGCGUCAGACACGAGUGACACGGACGAGUUCUACGAUGCUGCAGAGGACGUGCAUUUCAGCCCAUCUCCCCAAGUGUCUCCUGCAAAGUUUGUUAUUCCAUCACCUAAGCUCUCGCAUAGAUCCGAUGAAGAUGAGAGCUGCGGAGCGGCUGCCUCUGGGACUACUCAAGAUGAUUCCUUACAUAUCAUUGAUAGCAUCAUUGAAGAGAGUCAGAAGGAAAAUGGUGCCGUCGCAGAACUUUUCAAGCAACUACAUGUUGAUGUGACUGCGGAAGCUGAGUCAAAGGAAGAGAGUAAAGUAUCAGAAGUUCCUGCAGAGGCAUCAAUUGCAGCUGAUGACUCGAAUCCUAUCGAGAGACCAGAGGAGCAACCGGAAUCCUCUGCCACAAACGGAGCGUAUUCUCUGCCUGCCCCCGAUUCCUUAGACCUCCCAGGACCUUCAGGUGCAACGCGGGAAGGUGUUCAGCCCCCAGACAUCACCAGCACAAUAGGACAGAGUCAUACCGAUGGGAUGCUCGUGGUCGCUGAAGGGGAGCAGGAACCCAGGUCCGCUGACAUUUUAGAGCAGGUUUCAUUCGCAGACAGUUCAGUGGACUCCAUGGACACAUCAGGGCCUACAAAACCACCACGGCAGUUCACGGUAGAACCCGAUAUUGUAGCCAGCACCAAGAAGCCUCCGCCAUCACGGCCACGCCCUCCUAGCGGAGCUCCUCCACCAAGACCCCCUCCACCUGCGAUGCAGCGUCUCCCUUCCAAGAAGUCUCAGGAGUGUCUCAGGCCCAGUGUGCUUGAAGUCUCUGCAGUGGGUCAAGUCAGCAGCGAGACUCUGGAACCCUCUGGUCUGGUGUCUCCGAGUAGCACCGUGAGAAGUUUAACCAGAGAGUUGCAGCACUCCUUGGAUCUGGCCAGUGCCACCAGUGGGGACAAGGUGGUGACCGCACAGGAGAAUGAGGAUGAGGAAGCCUCCGGUCAGGGUGAGGGACAAGUUCCAGGCCCUCAGCGUCCACGCUCCAACUCCGGUCGAGAACUCACUGACGAGGAAAUCCUGGCCAGUGUGAUGAUCAAGAACCUAGACACUGGGGAAGAGAUCCCGCUAAUCCAGGCAGAGGAGAAACUUCCUGCGGGGAUUAAUCCCCUAACUUUGCACAUUAUGAGGAGGACCAAAGAGUAUAUCACGAAUGAUGAAGCACAGUCAGAUGAUGAUGAAAAGUCCCAGGCUCCACUGGCAGACACAGAUGGGGGAAAACUGAAACAGAGAACAACUCAGUUUAAAAAAUUCCUGGGCAAGUCAGUGAAAAAGGCCAAGCAUCUUGCUGAGGAAUACGGAGAGAAGGCGGUGAACAAAGUGAAAAGUGUUCGCGAUGAAGUUUUCCACACAGAUCAAGACGACCCGUCCUCCAGUGAUGACGAGGGGAUGCCCUACACCAGGCCUGCCAAGUUUAAGGCAGCGCACAGCUUUAAGGGUCCGUUUGACUUUGAUCAAAUCAAGGUUGUCCAGGAUUUGAGUGGCGAGCACAUGGGGGCUGUGUGGACAAUGAAGUUCUCACACUGUGGCAGGCUGCUGGCUACUGCUGGCCAAGAUAACGUAGUUCGCAUCUGGGUCCUAAAGACCGCCUUUGACUAUUUCAAUAACAUGAGAUUGAAAUACAACACAGAAGGUCGAGUGUCACCUUCUCCCUCUCAGGAAAGCUUGUGUUCCUCCAAAUCUGACACUGAUCCCGGGGCAAGUUGUGCUCCAGAGGACCCAGAUACAGAAGACAGGAACGCCCCUUUUCGCCAAGCCCCCUUCUGCAAGUACAAAGGCCAUACAGCAGAUCUUUUGGAUUUGUCUUGGUCAAAGAACUUCUUCCUGCUUUCGUCAUCCAUGGACAAAACAGUCCGACUGUGGCACAUAUCCAGGAGAGAGUGUCUCUGCUGCUUUCAGCACAUUGAUUUUGUCACAGCAAUCACAUUCCAUCCCAGGGACGACAGAUACUUUUUAAGUGGCUCUCUGGAUGGGAAGCUACGAUUGUGGAACAUUCCGGACAAGAAGGUGGCGCUGUGGAAUGAGGUGGACGGACAAACGCGCCUCAUCACCGCUGCAAACUUCUGUCAAAAUGGGAAAUACGCUGUCAUCGGCACCUAUGACGGAAGAUGCAUCUUCUAUGACACAGAGCGUCUGAAAUAUCAUACCCAAAUACAUGUACGGUCCACCAGAGGCAGGAACAAAGUUGGGCGAAAAAUCACUGGUAUUGAACCAUUACCUGGAGAGAAUAAGAUUUUGGUGACCUCAAAUGAUUCCCGCAUCCGCCUUUACGACUUGAGGGACUUGUCUCUAUCCAUGAAGUACAAGGGUUACGUCAACAGCAGCAGUCAGAUUAAGGCCAGUUUCAGCCACGACUACUCUUUCAUCGUCAGUGGCUCAGAGGACAAAUACGUGUACAUCUGGAGCACUUACCACGACCUCAGCAAAUUCACAUCAGUGCGAAGAGAUCGCAAUGACUUCUGGGAAGGGAUUAAAGCACACAACGCUGUCGUCACAUCAGCCAUUUUUGCACCGCACCCAGGCCUCAUAGUGCCACAAGAGACCGGUGCAGAGAAAACAGACGCCGAUUGCAAGAGCGUUGACUCUAAUGAAUCGGAAACGAUUCCCUCAGGUGCCCUCAAGACGGAUCACACAGAGGUUCUACUCUCUGCUGACUUCACUGGAGCCAUCAAGGUUUUCAUUAAUGUGAAGAAAUAUUGAGCUCCAUGAGACUUAUUUGUAACUCACACAGAUAUAUAAUUGUUUUAUCUCCGAGCUUGACAGCUGCAUCACAGCGUUACUUUUCAUCUUAAAUACCAAGCAACUGUGAUUAGUUUGACGUUUCUAAAAGCUCUAAUUGCCAACGUUACCGUUCUGUGGUUUCAGCAGACGCGUUCAUUAAUAUGGAAUAUGUGGUUAGCUUCUUGUGCUGUCGCAUUUCUCAGCGGUUAUUUCCUAACUGUUGCAAGACACUGUCUCCACAUUUCAACGAGUCUUGAAAUAUUUUUCUGUAAAUGUGCCUAAUUUUGUGUUUGUUUUCUUUAUUUUUUUAAAAUGUUUCAGAUUCUCGACAUUUCCUUUGCUGAUCAUAGCAACAUUUUAGAUACAGCAAAUCUGUACGUUUAUGAUUGAGUGGGGUCACGUAUCAUACUUUGUACUGUACAUGUACUUUUCCGAAACACUAAUGGCUCUACGUUUGAUACAUUUCAAUAGAUUAGGACUGCAGAUGUACAAUGUACCAUUGCACACUUAUUGCUUUUGUAAGCAACUUAACACUCUAUUGGUGUCCUCAAUAAAAAUGUUUAAUAUUUCAA